CGCAGCCAUUAUUGUUCGUCUUCACACGCGGCUUUUCUUGGAUUGUUCUCCCGAUUCCUCGGCGUCGUCGUUAAAGUAACGUGGUUUUGUACUUACGUUUCGAAGUAACAACGAGUUUUUUAAAAUGUCGACGGUAGCGAGUCCUUUAGCCGUUGGAGGCAUCCGACAGUCGGGAGCACCGGUGCGAACCCAAAAUGUUAUGGCUGCCUGUGCUAUCGCUAAUAUAGUUAAAAGUUCUUUGGGUCCGGUUGGCUUAGAUAAAAUGCUGGUUGAUGACAUUGGUGAUGUCACUGUUACCAAUGAUGGCGCAACUAUUUUACGCUUGUUAGAAGUUGAACAUCCAGCUGCACGGGUUCUAGUUGAAUUAGCUCAGUUACAAGAUGAGGAGGUUGGAGAUGGUACUACUUCAGUAGUCAUAGUAGCAGCUGAGCUUUUAAAAAAUGCAGAUGAACUUGUGAAACAGAAGAUACAUCCAACUUCAGUCAUCAGUGGCUACAGACUUGCUUGCAAAGAAGCAUGCAAAUACAUUCAAGAACACCUUACUGUCAGUGUGGACGAACUUGGAAGGGAUUGCUUAGUUAGUGUUGCAAAAACAUCUAUGUCAAGCAAAAUUAUUGGAGCUGAUGCCAAUUUCUUUGGUAAUAUGGUAGUCGACGCCGCUAACGCAAUAAAAAUUAACGAUGGCAAAGGAGGAUUUUUAUAUCCUGUUAAAGCAGUCAAUGUUUUGAAAGCACACGGAAAAAGUGUUCGAGAGUCGAUUUUGGUUCAAGGAUAUGCUUUGAACUGCACCGUCGCCUCUCAAGCAAUGCCGAAGAGGAUAACAAAUGCGAAAAUUGCAUGUCUAGACUUUUCGUUGCAGAAAGCAAAAAUGAAGUUGGGCGUCGAAGUACUUAUUACAGAUCCGGAGAAACUUGAAGCCGUUCGUCAACGUGAGGCAGAUAUUACCAAGGAACGUAUUCAGAAGAUUCUUGCUGCUGGAACUAAUGUCGUUCUUUUGUCUGGUGGCAUUGACGAUUUAUGCUUAAAGUAUUUUGUGGAGACUAAGACCAUGGCAGUGCGCAGAUGCAAAAAAGCUGAUCUAAAAAGAAUCGCUAAAGCUACAGGCGCGCAAUUUCUAACUUCACUGACCAACAUGGAAGGAGAGGAGAGUUUCGAUGUCAGUUUCUUGGGGGAGGCUGCCGAAGUAGUGCAAGAGAUGAUAUGUGAUGACGAGCUUAUUUUGAUCAAAGGGCCAAAGACACGCACAGCGAGCUCUAUUAUUUUACGCGGACCAAACGAUUAUUACUGUGACGAAAUGGAACGUUCCAUACAUGACGCAUUAUGCGUUGUCAAGAGAGUCUUGGAAAGCAAAAGCGUUGUAGCAGGAGGAGGUUGCGUGGAGGCUGCACUCUCAAUAUAUUUAGAAAACUUCGCAACAUCAUUGAGCUCUCGAGAACAAUUGGCUAUAGCGGAAUUUGCUCGAUCUUUAUUAAUUAUACCAAAAACAUUAGCCGUAAACGCUGCACAAGAUGCAACCGAUCUUGUCGCCAAGCUCCGAGCCUAUCAUAAUUCCAGUAUAACAAAACCAGAUCUUGUUGACUUGAAGUGGGUGGGUCUUGAUUUACUCAUGGGAAGUAUAAGAGAUAACAAAAAAGCAGGCGUGUUAGAACCAGCCAUUUCAAAAAUUAAAUCUUUGAAAUUUGCCACUGAAGCAGCCAUAACCAUCCUUCGAAUCGAUGAUAUGAUUAAACUAGAUCCCGAGCGUUCGAAAACUAAAUCUUAUCAAGACGCCAUGGAAGCCGGUGAAUUGGAAGAUUAAUAUCAAAAUGCAUUUACAUAUUAUGUUGAAUACAAUGCGUUUAUACGAAAGAAAUAUAAAAGAUUUGUAAAUGUUUCAUUGCGUAUAUAAAUAUCACAUGAUAAUAAAGAUUUAAAAUCUUGCUGCUCGUAUGUUGCAUGUAGACAAUUUCAGUUUGCGCACGUAUAAAAUGCUGAUAAAGGAUAAAAAUAAAGCUAUUUCAUAAU